GUGGGCCUGUAGCUCAGAGGAUUAGAGCACGUGGCUACGAACCACGGGGGUCGUGGGUUCGAAUCCCUCCUCGCCCACAACUGGUCCAAAAGUUAAAUACUUUUUCCUCUGUGGGUAGGACAAUAAUGAUUGGGAUAAUGAACCCAAUUUGAUGCGGGUGGGUAAGGUUACUCUUUAUGCUAAAACGCGAGCCAUCUUAUCCUGAUUCGAACUUCUGUUAUUUAGAAUCACUCCCCAAGUAGGAUUCGAACCUACGACCAGUCGGUUAACAGCCGACCGCUCUACCACUGAGCUAUUGAGGAAGAAAAGGAGAUUCAAAUGAAUCGAGUUAAAUUCCUGUUCUCAAUGCAAGACCACUAUAGACGGGUUAAUUCCCGUCGUUCACCCAUAACCCGAAUUGCUGUUUCGUUCGAUAAAUUCUAUAAAUAAGAAAAGUCCAAUAAACUUCAUUUCAUAUAAAACCUAUUUUGAAUUCCAUAUAGUAGAAUAGUAAAAAAAUCAUAGUAUAAGAUGUGAAGACAAAUCUACUAGUUUAUUGUUUGAUAAUAUCAAAAAAAUUUUUAUUUUAAUUAAGGAGCUUUUUAUGUUUAUAGGUUCUGAUUUAUUCUUGAAGGUACUCAAUUCAGUCGUUGUAGUCGGACUUUAUUAUGGAUUUCUUACCCACAUUUUCAAUAAGGUCCUCUUAUUUAUUCUUUGUGCGAACUCUGGUUCUGGAAAAAGAAACAAAUACAAAUAAUAAGGUAGCAGCAACCACUGGUUUUAUUCAUGGGACAGCUCAUGAGAUUCGUAUCCAUCUAUUAUGCGCCCUUUUAUCUAGCUUUGGGUAGACCUCAUACAAUAACUGUCCUUGCUUUACCUUAUCUUUUGAUUCAGCUUUUCUUGAACACUGAAAAAAAAAUUUUUGCUUAUGGAUCUAAUAACCAAAAUUCGAUCCGUGAGCUAGAGAAUAUCUUUGUAUUCCUCAAUCAUCUUAUUUUUCAGUUGCUUAACACUUGCAUUUUACCAAGUUCAACGUUAGCCCGAUUAGUAAGCAUUUAUCUGUUUCGCUGUAAUAAUAAGAUGUUGUUUGUAACAAGCAGUUUGUUUGCUUGGGGAAUGGGACAAAUUUUAGUCAUAAAUUGCUUGGAAUUUUUAGCAGUCUGGAUACAGAAAAAUAAUGUUAUUAGGUCGAUCAUUCGAAAGUACCUAGUGAGAAAUUCUAUAUUUUUUAUUUUAGUAAAUUAUAGUUUUGGAACUCUAGUAUGUAUUCUAAGUAUUCAGUCUUUAGGCAGAACACCCUUACCUAUUCCUACUCAGAAAUUUAGUGAGGUCUCAAAAAUAGAACAAAGGGAAAAGGAAAGGUUGCAAAGGGAGGAAGAAAAAGACGUAGAAAAAAAAAAGAAAUCCGCUGAAAAAGAUCCUUCCCUUUUUUCCGAAGAAAAAGGUAUUUUGGAAAAAGAAUUGGACUUGAAGGUAAUGAACCAGACUUGGAAGGGUCUGAUUCCGAAUUGGAAAUCCUUGAAAAAAAUGAAAAUAAAGAACAUAUUGUGGCUCUUCUUUUUGAUUAUAAAAGAUGGACUCGCCCAUUUCGUUACAUAAAAAAAUAAUAGACUUGAACAAGCUGUAAGAAACGAAAUGGCACAAUAUUUCUUUGACAUACAUAAAAGUGAUGGAAAAGAUAGAUAUCUUUUACCCAUCCGAUAUGUUUAUCAACGUUUUUUCAAAUAAUCAAAACAAAGAUACCCCUUUUGUCACUAGAAAAAGAUAUUUCUAAUACAUUGGACAAUUUUUGGGUUUCUAGAAACAAACAAAAAUUAAAUUCUAUAAAAAUUGAUUUGCUAAUCGAAUUAAAAAUCUUGACAAACCAGUAGCAGUUCCAAUAAUCGAAAUUGAAACAAACAAAACGCGAUUAUGUAUAACACAAUGAUGAGACUAGAAAAGAAUACUUACCAGAAAAGUAUGAUCCCUUGUUAAAUGGCCUUCCCGCGGAAGAAUAAAAAAAGAUAUCACGUCGAUAAACGAUACUUCGAUCAAAAAGUUGAGAGAGAAGGUUAUGCUAAAUAGACUUCAUGCUUUAUUGUUGAUGUCUACUUUUGAAAAAAAGGAAAAAAAAACCAUUACAAGUUGGUGAGUUCUCAACUUUAUCAUCAAGUUUCAAUUUAACGGAUUCAGAACAACUAACAAAAUUUUUAGUAAAUGCAAUUGAGACAGACGAUAAAAAAUCUUCUGCAAUAGAAAAAAAUAGGUAAAGAAGAAAUUGGUAAAAAAGUCCCCGAUGGUCAUACAAAUUAAUAACUGAAUUGGAACAAAUAUCGUAUUUUACAAAUCCACCAGAUGAUCAUGAUAUUCGUUCAAGAAAAGGGAUCAGUGUAUUAAUUUUUGAAGAACCUAAGACUCUCAAAGAUAAGACUACAAACAAAGAUAAGAAUACAAAAGAUACAAAUAUUCAAGCUAUAAAAUCCGACGAUAAUGAGAAAGAUAAAAAUAUUAAAAAGAAAAAGGAAGAUGAGGAUAAUAAGCUUUUUUUAUUACGAUAUCCGCACCAAUCUGAUUUUCGCCAAGGCUUAAUAAAAGACUCUAUGCGAACUCAAAGACGUAAAAUAGUUAUUGAGGGACUUUUUAAAGCAAAUGCGCAUUCCCCUCUUUUUUUUGACAGGAUGAGGAAAAAAAACCUUUUUUUCUCUACCAUACCUGGCUCAACUGAACGGCUUUUUAGAAAAUGGUCAUCCAUAAAAGAGUUUGGGUAGAAUCUACAGAGGAAAAAAAAAUAAUAAUAAAAAGAGAAACCAAAAAGGAAAAAAAACGACGAGAGGAA